AUGAAGCUGACGGACAAUGUGCUGCGGAGCUUCAGGGUUGCUAAGGUGUUUCGAGAAAACUCUGACAAAAUUAACUGCUUCGAUUUCAGUUCGAACGGAGAAACGAUCAUUUCUAGCAGCGACGACGAUUCCUUAGUCUUGUACGACUGCCAAGAGGGAAAGUAAGAGCAAAUUUCAUCAUUAUUAAUUCUAUUGUUUUUUAACGCUAGCUAGCGUAAAUUGCUAAGCUAGAUAGCGAGGCCUGCUACCCAACGGUAGAACUCAUGGAUAAGAUAUAAGAUUUUUGCCUGUGCAUGCUAUCUUUAUCGAUGCAUUAUGUAUCAUUUAUAGCUUAUUUUUUGAUCCAAUGUUAGUUUUUCACACUGUGUCCAUCAAAUAUACAGGAAUAGUCAGGGAUCCACUGAGAUUCCCCAUUGUAAGUUGGCUAGUGAUGGUGAUGGGUGAUUUUUAUGUGAAUUAUUAUAAGUGUAUUAUCAAUCAUACUGGGUGUUGGAGGUAUACUGGAAUGCAUAAUAAUGAAAGACGUUCCUUGUCCUUUGCUGUCUUCAUUUUUCGAAUGAAAUGAGCAAAAAAUAAUGGGCUCAUUUCAGUCAAACCAGUACACCACCACCACCACCCACUACAUCUCUCAUAAUAAAUAUUGAGUAAAAUAACCACCUAUCUGAUCCUGUCCACAAAAACUGAAAAUUUAGAAGCUUCCUUUUAAAGUAGAGCAUCUGUCUAUCAAUCUAUCUAUCUAUCUAUCUGUUUGUCUGUCUUACACUGAAGCCAUAUUGGUGUAAUAAUUAAAUUACAAACUUCAACAUUUUUACAUGAACAGCAAGCGCUAUCCAUAGUCGAAUAUUCAAAAGGUUCGAGUAACUAGGGAUGGGAAUGGAGAACCGGUGCUUGUUGAGAACCGGUUCUGAAUGGUUCAAUCCAUUGACAUCGUUUACAUUUUGAAGAAAGGUACUUCAGUCCUGUGUUAACAUAAACACAAAGCAUGCCAGGCCUGGACAGACUGAGUUAGAAGUACGUCAAAAACACUUGACCCGACCCAAAAAAAAAACCUCUACAUUUUGCACCUCCUGCUUAGUAAUGUCCUCUUUUGGGGAUCCAGAAUAUGGUCACCCUAAUUUGACUCAAUACCGACAGAAGUAAACACUGUACAAAUAGUUUGUCAUUUGUUUUUUUGACUACUGUUAUCAGAGACUCCAUAAAAUUUUGAGUUAAUGUUCACCAUUAACUCAAAAUUGAGUCUCCUUUUUUUUUUAAAUCAAAGAAAGGCAUCGAUAAGGGAAUUGUUAAAGAAUUUAAUUGAUUAGCAGAAUCGAUAAUGGCAUCGAUAUCGAUAAAAUCUUAACAAUUCCCAUCCCUACUAGUUACCACAUCACAUAAGUGAAACCAUUUUUAAAAAUAUAUUAUUAAAGAAAAUACAAAUCUCGCAGUUUGAUGCUGUUUGAAUGACUUGUUUUUGACCAAACACCUUUUUGAAUAAAGUAAACUUAAUUAAGUAAACAACAGUUAACACUCCUUUCAUCCAUACAGUAAUUGAUAAACUGAGUUUACAGGUUGAAUCAUCAAAUCUUAGAAAUGAAUUACAUUUUGCCUGACCAGCAGACCCAAACUCUGUUAGGCGUUUAACAAAUAUUUAACAUGAAGUCGAUUUAUCUCUCCCUCCUGUCUUCUUGAUUUCUAACAGACCCAAGAGGACCCUCUACAGUAAAAAGUAUGGCGUGGAUCUGAUCAGGUACACGCAUGCUGCGAACACUGUGGUCUACAGUUCCAACAAGAUUGAUGGUAUGUUGCUAUAAAAGUACUUUCAGCUUUUUCCUUUGCAUUGCAUGAUGCUGCUGUAUGCAGUUUAAACAGCUUAUCAAUGAAUUAAAUGAUUUUUUUAAAAUAUAUUUGUGUGGCAGUAAGGAUUGUGCAGUGGUAGUGGAUGCAACUGCUUCAGCUGGAGCAUGCAUAUAGUGACUUGCAUUCAUUCCAUGCAGGGAAAACAGAGCUGAAGAUGCAUAAUUUGUAUGAAACAAUAAAACUGUCAGCAUUGGAAGUAAUUGAAGUGUAAAGGUUGGGACAACCCUGUGGACCUCUCAGGGGAAACACUGCUCACUUUGGUCUGAGGUAGUUGUUUGUACAGUUUGAGGGUCUGUGAUUCUGCCCCAUACAGGAGCUAACUGUACAAGUGACUGCCUUGCCCACGGUUGAGUCAACUCAUCAAAACUGAUUGCAUUGAAGUUUAUGUUACUGCUUGUCAUUUAGAUAUCUGAACUAUUAAAAUGUUUUUUUCAGUUUUAUUUAUUUAUAUUUUGUUACUUCUUUAUCCUCAAAGACACUAUUCGAUACCUUUCUCUUCAUGACAACAAAUACAUCCGCUACUUUCCUGGGCACAACAAAAGGUGAGUGCUGGAUGAAUGUUUCUUGAAUUCAAAUUAAAGGAUGGCUUUGAAAUGCACAUGUUCUCAUGUUUUCAUUGUCUUCUACACCAGAGUGACAUCUCUCUCCAUGUCUCCUGUGGACGACACGUUUAUUUCCGGCUCAUUAGAUAAAACAAUCAGACUCUGGGACUUGCGGUCUCCUAACUGCCAGGUGAGUAUCAAGACUACUAGUUGAACAUCAGGAGGCGUCCCUUGGGGCUAUACUCGUAUGUAAUCUGAAAGGAAGGUUCAAUCUGAACACUAAGACUCGUUUUUGGUGAAUUUUAGGGCCUGAUGCAUCUGCAAGGAAAGCCAGUUUGCUCCUUUGAUCCGGAGGGCCUCAUUUUUGCCGCUGGAAUAAAUUCAGAGAUGGUCAAACUUUAUGAUCUGCGGUCGUUUGACAAGGUAAGAAGUGUCGAUGUGUGACAGGGAUUUAAUGUGACGAUAUUUGAAAUCAUGACGGAAAUGUAAUCUUUUAUAAUCCAUGUUGACAGGGCCCUUUUGCAACAUUCAAGCUUCAGUACGACCGCACCUGUGAGUGGACGGGACUCAAGUUCAGCAAUGAUGGGAAACUUAUUCUUAUUUCUACUAAUGGAGGAGCCCUUCGCAUUUUAGACGCUUUUAAGGGUGCUGUACUACAUUCCUUUGGGGUAAGGGAACUGGAACAUCUGAUACUCACAAUUAAGGCUCGCACAUUUAUAAAGUACAGGGAUUUAAUUUGUGUGGUGCACACAUUGAUUGCUUGUUUAUGUUCGUGUUCUGACAGGGCUACAAUAACAGUAAAGGUGUAAUACUGGAGGCAUCUUUCACCCCAGAUUCUCAAUUUGUUAUGAUCGGUAAGUGAAGAUUAAAAUUUCUCUCUUUAUUCUAACCGGUCAGAAAUAGAUGUACACAGUAUUUUGUUCACUUCACUAACUUGUUUUGAUAAUAAGUUUGCCUUUCCUUUUUGAUCUUUUUAAUUCAGGCUCUGAGGACGGAAAAAUUCAUGUGUGGAAUGCGGAGAGCGGUAUGAAGGUGGCUUUAUUAGAUGGGAAGCACACAGGACCAAUCACCUGCCUACAGUUCAACCCCAAAUUCAUGACGUUUGCAAGCGCCUGCUCGAACAUGGUAAGACGAGGGGUCAUGUGGACUUAAAGUGGUUUCUUAAGUACAUUCGCUAGUGAUUAUUUUUAAAUUACUCUAUAGACCUACAUAGACUGAAUCUUUCGUUUGUAGACAGAAAAAUGCAACCCAUCCAAUUCAGAGUGACUCUCACACUAUUAAAACUGCUCUUCAUCAACUGCACAGUGUUGUACAUCAUAAACAUGAUAACAUAACAUAAAAAUUAAAUUUAAAAAAAAUCAUCUUUCAGGCAUUCUGGCUGCCCACCAUCGACGACUGA